AUGACCAACCAGGAUUUCAGUCUUUCUUCCGAUGCCCUCACGGUAGAGAUCGAGGGCAUUUCUACCGCUUUCCACUACGUGUGGCUUAGAGACAAUUGCCAUUGCAGCGAGUGUUUCUACGAUAUCACCAAGCAGAGGUUGCUUAACUCGGCGACCAUCGAUGAAAAUAUCCGUCCUGAAGUGUGUAAGGCAGUGGGGGACGGGUUCGAGAUUGUGUGGUCUCAGAACCAGCACAAGUCAAAGUACGAGUUGGACUGGUUGAAGCUUCAUGCUUAUAACCCUAGGAUUGUGCCUUUGGAGGAUAAGCUUCUGGGGGAGAAGGAUGUGUUGAAGAGACAGUACUGGAAGACCAAGGAUAUCGAGGGAAAUAUGCCUAGCGUUGAUUAUGGGGCUAUUAUGGCUUCUGACGAUGCUACUGAUGGUGAAGAGGCCAUUAAGGAUUGGUGUCUCAAGAUCUGGAAGUACGGCUUCACCUUGAUUGACCAUGUACCUGUGACUCCAGAGGAUACCGAGAUGUUGUGUGAGAAGCUUAUGUACAUCAGGCCUACCCAUUACGGUGGGUUCUGGGACUUUACUUCGGAUUUGACCAAGAAGGAUACUGCUUACACCAACUUCGAUAUUCUGUCUCAUACUGACGGAACCUACUGGUCUGAUACUCCAGGCUUGCAGUUGUUCCAUCUUUUGUUCCAUGACGGUGAAGGUGGAACCACUUCUUUGGUUGACGCUUUCCAGUGUGCUGAACAGUUGAAAAAGGAAGAUCCAGAGAGCUUCGAGCUUUUGACAAGAAUUCCUGUUCCAGCACACUCUGCUGGUGAAGAGAAGGUUUGUAUCCAGCCAGACCUUCCUCAGCCAGUGUUUAAGCUUGACCAUCAGGGCGAGCUUAUUCAGGUUCGUUGGAACCAGAGUGACCGUUCGUGUAUGGACACUUGGGAGAACCCACUGGAUGUGCCUAAGUUCUAUAAGGCCAUUCGCCAGUGGUACAGGAUUAUCAGUUCUCCAGAGAACGAGGUGUUCUACCAAUUGAAGCCCGGACAGUGCUUGAUUUUCGAUAACUGGAGAUGUUUCCAUUCGAGAACUGAGUUUACAGGUAAGAGGAGAUUGUGCGGUGCUUACAUCAACAGAGACGACUUUGUGUCGAGGUUGAAGUUGUUGAACUUGGGUCGUAAGGCGGUGUUGGACUCAAUUUAA